AUGCAAGAACCAAGCUACAACCCUGAGUGCCCUAUGGCGACGACCACCAUCGCUUACCAGUAUAGACUUGUCAAUUGCCCUGGAAAGACCAUUGUCGGCAUGCUCGUCGAAUUUCCUCCGAACGGUGCGACACCCCCUCAUCGUCACGGGGGCGCUUCCGUCUCCGCUUAUGUGAUCCACGGCUCCAUCUUGAAUAAGAUGAAUAAUGAUCCGAUGAGGACGAUCAAGACCGGCGGUUCCUGGUACGAGGCACCAGGCUGUCAUCACCGGAUUGGUGCCAAUGCGAGCCAGACCGAGCCGGCGGCGUUCUUCGUGAACUUUGUGAUUGACUCGGAGAUCUUGGAGCAGGAGGGCCCAUCGGUGCUUGUGCAAUAUGAUGCAGAAUAUAAGGAUAUUGUCGCGCGGAAGAUGCAGGCGUAA